AUGGCCAUGUACAACACCAACGUCGUCGCCCUUGAGCGCAUCAUGGGAUCACUUCGCUCCUACACGGACGCGACGCGGGUCCGCCAGGACGUCGAGACGCUCCUCCGCCAAAUCCCGUCCCUCGCCCCGCAGAGUGGCGUCUACACGCACAACAAUGGCACAACGAGCACCAUGCUAAGCCUCUCGGGCACGAUCCCGAUCUACUACAAUGGCAACCAGUACAACAUCCCCGUUGAGAUUUGGAUGCCGGAAGCGUACCCGUUCGCCGCGCCGACGUGCUACGUGCGCCCAACAGCCGAUAUGAUGAUUCGGCCGGGCCACCCGCACGUGGACCAGAACGGUCUGAUUUUGCUGCCGUACUCGACGCACUGGGACAGCGACCAUAGCCUCGUGGAGCUCAUUGGGUACCAGUGCUCGGUGUUUGGGACGCAGCCGCCCGUCUACAAGCGCCCGGCCAACCAGCCUGCGCCGCAGCCAACGUACACGCCUUCGUACACCAACCCGUACGAGCAGUCCAUGUCGUCGUCGUCGGCCCAGUACCCGUACCAGCAGCAGCAGCCGGCCCAGUACACGAGCCCGAGCUUCAACCAACCCUCGUACGCUGCGUACUCGUCGCCGAUGCCGGCGCCGGACCCGUCGAUCAAGCUCAAGGCGGAAGCGACCGAGAAGCUGCAGCAUGAAAUGCAAAAACUCUACAAGCGCAUUCGAGAGGAAAUCGACACGCAGUUUGAAACGCAGCGCGACGUUGCGCACGGCCAAGACGUCUUGGUGCAAGGCGAACAGUCGCUUCAGCAGCUCAAGCACGAGCUCGACCAAACCCUCGUGCACAUCCAGGACACGGACGUCCAAGUCACCAAGUGGCUCUCCGAGCAGGAAAAUCAACAAGAGAUGGACGUCGAUGAAGUGCUCGUGCCGGCCGAUGCACUCUCGCAGCAGCAACUGGACGCGUACGCCGACCAACAAGCAAUCGAAGACGCACUCUACUUUAUGGACCGCGCGCUUGCCAACGGCGAGAUCGAGCUCAGUGUCUUCUUGAAGGAAGUGCGCAAGAUGGCGCGCAAGCAGUUCAUGUGUGUCGCGCUCAUGCAAAAGGUGCACGACACGCAGCACGCGAUCGCCGCGGGUCGCCGUUAG